UCCUUAGUGAUUUCAAACGGCGGCGAAGAGAGGCCUGGGGACUUUUCUCCUUGGCUUCGCGAGGCGUAAGGCCGCUCCCGUGCUAUGGAUGCCCCGGGAACCUAAAUCCAGAGGCCGAUCUGACCUCCUCUGUGGUUUCCGCCAUUUGAAGCCCCACUUCUCUUCUUUACAUCGGGUCCCAUGUGGCUGGCGAGGCUCUAGCAGGGCUAGCUGUGGGGUCUGAGAAGCCUUCACAGGGACUUCCGAUGCAGUGGGCGUCUCCUCUUUAAAUAGGUAUUACAGUGAAGAACUACAAGAAACUGAAGCAUCAUGGCAGAUGAUAGUGAAUGGAUGAAAUUACCCAUUGAUCAAAAAUGUGAACACAAGGUAUGGAAAGCCAGAUUAAAUGGGUAUGAAGAAGCACUGAAGCUGUUUGAGAAAAUAGAUGAUGAAAAGAGCCCUGAAUGGUCCAAAUACCUUGGACUUAUAAAGAAAUUUGUGACAGACUCAAAUGCAGUAGUUCAGCUAAAAGGAUUAGAAGCUGCACUUGCUUAUGUUGAAAAUGCUCAUGUAGCAGGAAAAACAACAGGUGAGGUGGUAUCUGGAGUUGUAAAUAAAGUAUUCAAUCAGCCUAAAGCUAGAGCAAAGGAACUAGGCAUUGAUAUAUGCUUCAUGUUUAUUGAAAUUGAAAAAGGGGAAGUGGUGCAAGAAGAACUGCUUAAAGGCUUGGACAAUAAGAACCCCAAGGUCAUAGUGGCAUGCAUAGAGACAUUGAGGAAAGCACUAAGUGAAUUUGGUUCAAAAAUAAUUGCCUUGAAGCCAAUAAUCAAAAUGUUGCCAAAACUUUUUGAAUCUCGAGAGAAAGCAGUUCGAGAUGAAGCCAAACUCCUUGCAAUUGAGAUUUAUCGAUGGAUUAAGGAUGCUCUUAGGCCUCCAUUACAGAACAUAAAUUCUCUUCAGUUAAAAGAACUGGAAGAAGAAUGGGUCAAACUACCAUCCUCUACUCCCAAGCAGUCCAGAUUUCUGCGAUCCCAACAAGAAAUGAAAGCAAAGUUUGAGCAACAGCAGGCAGCUGGUGGAGAUGCAGAUGGAGGAGGCGAUGAUGGUGAUGAGGAUGUUCCACAAGUUGAUGCUUAUGAACUUUUGGAAGCUGUUGAAAUUCUCUCCAAACUUCCUAAGGAUUUCUAUGACAAAAUAGAGGCCAAAAAGUGGCAGGAAAGAAAAGAAGCUUUGGAAGCAGUAGAAGUGUUGGUUAAAAAUCCCAGAUUGGAAGCUGGAGAUUAUGCAGACUUGGUGAAAGCUCUUAAGAAGGUUGUUGGAAAGGAUACUAAUGUAAUGUUGGUUGCUUUGGCUGCCAAAUGCCUUGCUGGACUAGCCAGUGGUCUCAGGAAGAAAUUUGGACAACAUGCUGGUCAUGUUGCCCCAACUAUUCUGGAGAAGUUCAAAGAAAAAAAGCCUCAGGUCGUGCAAGCCUUGCAAGAAGCCAUUGAUGCUAUCUUUCUUACUACCACACUACAAAAUCUCAGUGAAGAUAUCUUUGCUGUAAUGGAUAACAAAAACCCAACUAUCAAGCAGCAGACAUCUCUCUUCAUUGCACGAAGCUUUCGUCAGUGCACUCCUACUACCCUUCCCAAAAGUCUCCUGAAACCAUUCUGCGCUGCUCUCCUCAAGCAUAUUAAUGAUUCGGCUCCCGAGGUUAGAGAUGCUGCAUUUGAAGCCUUGGGCACUGCCCUAAAAGUGGCAGGUGAGAAAGCUGUGAAUCCUUUUCUAACAGAUGUGGACAAACUGAAACUAGACCGGAUUAAAGAGUGUGCUGAAAAUAUUGAGUUGGUUGGUGGAGGUAAAGUCAGUGGAGGAGCUGAUAGAAAAGAAAACAAAGCUGUUCCUGGCAAGACUCCAGUUCUUUCUGGCGCUGCAGGAGACAAAGAUACGAAAGAUAACUCAGCUAAAUCUGGGCCACCAAAAAAGGCUCCCACUACUAAGGCUGGUGGUCCAGUGAAGAAAGGGAAGCCAACUUCAGCUGGAGGCGUAGGAACUACUGGAACAAAAGCCAAAAAAGGAACUGAAGUAAAAGAGAUAUUUGAGCCAGAACUCUCAAUAGAGGUGUGUGAGGAGAAGGCUUCAGCUGUGCUUCCAGAAGUUUGCAUACAGCAGUUAGAUAGUGGCAAUUGGAAGGAAAGGCUGGCUUGCAUGGAAGAAUUUCAAAAGGCAGUUGAGCUGAUGAAUAAAACUGAAAUGCCUUGCCAGGCUCUAGUAAGGAUGUUGGCGAAGAAACCUGGAUGGAAGGAGACUAACUUUCAGGUGAUGCAGAUAAAACUUCAUAUCGUUGCUUUGGUUGCUCAAAAGGGGACCUUUUCCAAAACAUCUGCACAAAUUGUCCUGGAUGGCCUUGUGGAUAAGAUUGGUGAUGUGAAAUGUGGGAGCAAUGCCAAAGAAGCAUUAACAGCAAUAGCAGAAGCCUGUCAGCUGCCUUGGACUGCUGAGCAGGUUAUGUCCAUGGCGUUUUCCCAGAAGAAUCCAAAAAACCAAUCAGAAACUUUAAAUUGGCUCUCAAAUGCCAUUAAAGAGUUUGGGUUUACUGGAUUGAAUGUGAAGGCAUUCAUCAGCAAUGUUAGAACAGCUCUUGGAGCUACAAAUCCUGCUGUGAGGACAUCCGCUAUAACCUUACUAGGCGUCAUGUUUCUGUAUGUUGGUCCCCCUUUACGAAUGUUCUUUGAGGAUGAGAAACCUGCACUUCUUUCCCAAAUAGAUGCAGAAUUUGAAAAAGUGCAAGGACAAACACCACCUGCUGCAACUCGAGGCAGUACAAGGCACAAUAUUGGCAGUGAUGAUGGAGAGGAAGGAGAAGAACAGGAGGAUUCAGGGAAUGAUGUCAUGGACCUCUUGCCUAGAGCUGACAUCAGUGAUAAGAUCACAUCUGAGCUGAUAUCUAAGAUUGGUGAUAAAAACUGGAAAAUCCGAAAAGAGGGUCUGGAUGAAGUAACCAACAUCAUCAAUGAAGCCAAAUUCAUACAGCCAAAUAUAGGCGAACUUGCACCUGCCUUGAAGAGUCGUCUCAAUGAUUCCAAUAAAAUCCUGGUACAACAAACACUGACCAUCCUUCAGCAACUGGCCACUGCUAUGGGCCCAAAUAUAAAGCAACAUGUGAAAAAUUUGGGAAUUCCUAUCAUCACAAUUCUUGGAGACAGUAAGAGCAAUGUACGGGCAGCAUCAUUAGCAACAGUAAAUGCCUGGACCGAACAGACGGGCAUGAAAGAGUGGUUAGAAGGGGAGGAUUUGUCAGAAGAACUCAAGAAAGAGAAUCCUUUUCUAAGGCAAGAGCUUUUAGGUUGGCUUGCUGAAAAGUUGCCCACUCUCCGAACUGUCCCAUCAGACUUAGUUUUAUGUGUACCUCACCUGUACUCCUGCCUGGAGGAUCGAAAUGGAGAUGUCCGUAAAAAGGCACAGGAUGCUCUUCCAUUUUUUAUGAUGCAUCUGGGUUUUGAGAAGAUGGCCAAAGCCACUGGCAAAUUGAAGCCAACUUCGAAAGAUCAAGUACUGGCCAUGCUUGAAAAAGCUAAAGCUAAUAUGCCUGCCAAACCUGCUCCACCAAGUAAGACAUCUAGAGCAGUGGGAGCAGCUCCAGCCAAAUCUCAAGCUGCAUCAGGUUCCAAUGAAGAUUAUUCAUCUAGCACAAUGGAGACUAAACCUGAUGCCAAAAAAGCCAAAACAGGAGGAAGCGCCCCUAAAACCAAGGGUAUACAGGGGAAAAAGGUUCCAAGCAAAUCCAACUUGAAAGAUGAUGAUGACAGGUCUGGCCCAGUUUUUAUUUUAGUCCCAAAUGGAAAAGAGCAAAGAAUGAAAGAUGAGAAAGGAUUAAAGGUUUUGAAAUGGAAUUUUACUACUCCUCGUGAUGAAUACAUUGAGCAAUUGAAGACUCAGAUGUCUAGCUGUGUUGCCAAGUGGUUACAAGAUGAAAUGUUUCAUACAGAUUUUCAACGCCACAACAGAGCACUUAGUGUAAUGGUUGAGCACUUGGAGAGUGAAAAAGAUGGAGUUAUCAGCUGUUUAGAUCUGAUUUUGAAGUGGAUCACUCUGAGGUUCUUUGACACCAAUACAAGUGUUCUAAUGAAAACUCUGGAGUAUCUUAAGCUGCUGUUUAUCAUGUUGAAUCAAGAAGAAUACCACCUGACGGAAAAUGAAGCCACUUCUUUCAUUCCCUAUCUUACCUUGAAGGUUGGGGAACCCAAAGAUGUUAUUCGAAGGGAUGUACGUGCCAUUCUGAACAGGAUGUGCCUUGUCUAUCCAGCCAGCAAAAUGUUCACAUUUAUCAUGGAUGGGACAAAAUCAAAAAACUCAAAACAGCGGGCAGAGUGCUUGGAAGAGCUGGGAUGCCUAAUUGAAUCAUAUGGCAUGAAUGUGUGUCAGCCAACUCCAGGCAAAGCCUUAAAGGAAAUUGCAAUUCACAUUGGUGACAGGGACAACACAGUCAGAAAUGCUGCACUUAAUACCAUUGUUACUGUUUAUAACGUGCAUGGGGACCAGGUGUUCAAGCUAAUUGGAAAUCUUUCUGAGAAGGACAUGAGUAUGCUGGAGGAACGAAUAAAACGAUCGGCUAAGAGACCAAAUGCUGCUUCAUCAAGGCAGGUUGAUGAAAAACCCCAGCGUGUGCAAAAUGCCAAUGCCAGCGCAAACAUGCUGCGGAAGGGAGCAGCUGAAGACAUGUCUUCCAAACUCAACCAAGCACGUAACUUGAGUGGCCAUUCAGAGGCAAUGCAUACAGUCCCUCGGGAAUUUCAGCUGGAUCUUGAUGAAAUAGAAAAUGAUAAUGGCACAGUGCGAUGUGAAAUGCCAGCACUUGUUCAGCACAAACUGGAUGACAUCUUUGAGCCAGUCUUGAUUCCUGAACCUAAGGUCCGUGCUGUCUCCCCACACUUCGAUGAGAUGCACAGCAAUACUGCUUCUACGAUCAACUUCGUUAUCUCCCAGGUCGCCAGUGGGGAUAUCAAUACUAGCAUCCAAGCUCUUGCACAGAUUGAUGAGGUUCUAAGACAAGAGGAUAAAGCCGAAGCAAUGUCUGGCCACAUUGACCAGUUCUUAGUAGCUACAUUCAUGCAGCUCCGACUCAUUUAUAAUACUCAUAUGGCUGAUGAGAAACUGGACAAGGAUGAAAUCGUCAAGUUGUACAGUUGCAUCAUUGGAAACAUGAUUUCAUUAUUCCAGAUUGAAAGCUUGGCAAGGGAGGCUUCUGCAGGAGUGUUGAAGGAUUUGAUGCAUGGUCUCAUUACCUUAAUGCUGGAUUCAAGAGUUGAAGAUCUAGAAGAAGGCCAGCAGGUUAUCAGAUCUGUCAACCUCUUGGUGGUAAAAGUUCUAGAGAAAUCUGACCAAACUAACAUAUUGAGUGCCCUGCUUGUUCUACUCCAGGACAGUCUAUUAGCAACUGCUAGUUCUCCCAAGUUCUCAGAACUUGUAAUGAAAUGCUUAUGGAGAAUGGUAAGACUUCUCCCUGAAACCAUCAACAGUAUCAACCUGGACCGAAUCAUGUUGGACAUCCACAUCUUUAUGAAGGUGUUUCCAAAAGAGAAAUUAAAGCAGUGUAAAAGUGAAUACCCAAUACGGACUCUGAAGACCCUGAUUCAUACAUUAUGCAAACUGAAGGGACCCAAGAUUUUAGAUCAUCUAACAAUGAUAGACAACAAGAAUGAGUCUGAAUUGGAAGCUCAUCUGUGCAGAAUGAUGAAACACUCCCUAGACCAAACUGGAAGCAAAUCUGAUAAAGGCACAGAAAAAGGCGCUUCCCGUAUAGAUGAAAAGUCACCAAAGGCCAAAGUAAAUGAUAUUUUGGCAGAGAUAUUUAAAAAAAUUGGUUCUAAAGAAAACACUAAAGAGGGCCUGGCAGAGCUGUAUGAAUAUAAAAAGAAAUAUUCUGAUGCAGAUAUUGAGCCCUUCCUAAAAAACUCCUCACAGUUCUUCCAGAGCUAUGUAGAACGAGGUCUCCGGCUGAUUGAAAUGGAAAGGGAAGGCAAAGGGCGGAUUUCUUCUACAGGAGUUUCUCCACAGAUGGAGGUAUCAUGUAUUCCCACUCCCACCAAUGUAGUUUCUCCUGCUAUCGGAAAUUCAAACGGGGAAGAGGUGGGGCCAUCUGUCUAUUUGGAAAGAUUAAAAAUCCUCAGGCAGCGAUGUGGCCUUGACAAUGCAAAGCAAGAAGACAGAGCAUCACUGGCCACCACACUGUCCAAGCCAUCAGUCCCCACUGUUGCAUCCUCUACAGAUAUGCUCCACAGUAAGCUUUCCCAGCUCCGCGAAUCACGGGAACAAUACCAGCACAUUGAUCUGGACUCCAAUCAGACCCAUGCUGGCAUUGGAAGUACCACUUCCUCUUCUACAGCAUCCAAUAUUGAUGACUUGAAAAAAAGACUGGAGAGAAUAAAAAGCAGUCGCAAGUGAAAUUGCGUGAGACGGUUUGGCUAUUGCAGAGCUAUCCAUCUUUAGUUGACUAAAUUAGAAGUCUUCAUAGUUAAGUGGCCUCAUGCAGGCCUUAUGUAUACAAACUGGUUCUGUGUAUAAUACAGCAGAUCUUGGAGGAGGAUCCAAGUCAAUGUGGCACAAAUCUUUGUAUAUAUUUUGCUUCUUUGUGAGCAUUUCUUGACCGUAGAAGAGAGUCCGUGUAUUAGUUUUCGUGUACAGAGCUGUAAACAAUUCUCUUGCUCAGUCCAAUUUCUUAAAACUUGGUUUUAUUUGUUAAGUUGUCUUAUCUUAGCUCGCUUAAAUUUUAGAAACUUUUAGUUGCAUUCAUUUUUAAUUUUGUGAAUUACAUCUCCAUAUAAUCCUUGAGCUGUUUCUGUAUGGACGCAUGGCAUGAAGCAAGUAAUUUAAGUGUCUUUUUGUAAAUAAAGUUUGCAUUAACUCUC